CGUUCAGUGACUGGGCACAAGUCCGUCCAUCCUAAUCGCACUCCCUUUGCAAACUAGUCUCCACUAAGAUCUGACUGCCUAGGCUCCCAGUUUAGAGCGGUGCUGGCUGCUCUUGCUGGUGCUUCUUUCUGGUUUGGCGUUUCGUUUCGCGCCCUGAGGCCUCAAUUCUGGCUGCAUUGUUCUCUACAAUGACACGCUCUCCAGUCUUUCCGCUUUGCUGUUUUUUUCUUUGCUUUCGGCUCCGGUCCGUUGGGACCAGCACGGGUACGUCACAGCCAGUGGGCUCCCUCCCCUACCAGGAUCUUAGCCUCAGCAAGUGCUGGGCUGCGGGGGUAAGGGGAGGAGGCCCCAGGACAAGGAGGAUGGAGUGGUGGGGUGUUGUAGGAAAACCACCCCGAUAGUGGGUCACUCGCGCUUUCGUGGUUGGUUGAUUGCAGCUCAGCCUCUCCGGAUUGAGGGGCAGUUAUUGGCCGGCGGAUCUACACCGCGCCCACUUGGCGUCGAUAUACACACCCUCCCCUGCACCUGGGUGCUGCCUGCAUCGGCCUCCCGACUCACCACCGGCCGGCGAGCUAUAUUUAAGAAGAAACGACCACCUGCCCCCAGUCCGGCCUCUAUUACAACCC